UGCAGCGAUAAAUUUCGUAAGUGCUUGGCACUCCAAAAAAAAAAUUUUUUUAUUUGUGCAUUGUGGCAACAGUGAAAAUAUGUCAAAAAAUAAAUAAAUAAAUAAAGUGUGUUUGUGCGACUACGAAAAACUAUCAUCACACCGCUCGGAAGAUUAACGUCUGGAUUAUGUCAAUGGAUUUCAUCAAUCAAGACUUCAGCUUCAAUAAAACCGAAUAUAAGUGAAGAAAGCCAACAAGAACACCGACCACGACAUCAUAGCAUAGACAUAAAGCAAGGUAUUUUGUUGUUGUUGUCAUUUAAAAUAAGUAAUUGUUAACAUGUCUCUACCUGAGAGGGAUGAGAUCGUAGGAAAUGUAAAAAUUGAACCAGGGGGUGGUGAACAAUUAAACUUAACAGAGUGGCUAGCAGAGUUUGCAACUCAAAUAAGCUCGCAACUUAAACAAUCAAGUGAGCAAUUAAGUUUGGAUUUUAAACAAUCAAGUGAAGAAAACACAGAUAGACUGGAUAAGUUAAGUUUGGAUUUUGAUCUAUUAAGUUCUCAUCUCAAUGAGAAGUGCGAGGAAAUUAAAACUACCCUCAGUAAGAACACUAGCGAACAGUUGAUACACUUCAGAAAAGAAUUUCAAGUUAAAGUUGAAAGUUUAAAUGAAAACAUACAAGCGAACACAGACAGCAUUGCUGUCAUUUACAACAGAGUAGAUACUGAAGCUAAAAGAUUAGAUCAGAGAAUAGACAAAACAUCAGAAAACCUUAAACAAGAAUACAACCUGUAUACCACUAAUGUAGAUACAAAAGUAGAAAAUAUACACACUAAAUGUACACAAUUGGAAGAUGCAUUGAUGUCAAAACAAAUGUUUUACAAUCAAAAUACAAUGUAUGGACACAUCCAAGUGAAAUGCUUUCCUGGUGAAAAUCUGCACCCUAUUGACUUUAUUCACCAAUGUAAAGAUAUGUUUGUUGUAGGAAUGUCAGAUAACAUAAAAAUUAAGUUAGUAAAACGGUUUCUAGAAGGGGAGGCCCUAUCCUGGGCAAAUGAGAAUAAUGAUUCUUGGAAUACUUUUGAAGAGUUUGAAGCUAAAUUUAUUUGCAAAUUUUGGUCACAAUCCAUACAAGCCAGAUUAAAGUCAGAAUUUCUAAAUGGACCAGUGUAUAGAGGGAAAGUAGGGGGAAUGCAAAAAUUUUGCAGAGAUCAAUUGAAAAAACUUGCUCAUUUAAAUAACUCUUUUGAUAUUAUAACACAAAUUGAUGUUUUAAAAAGGAGAUUACCAGAGAGACUGCAGUGGGAAUUGGUCCAUGGACCAGACGAUUCAAUGGAAGAGUUCCUGAAAUUUGUAGAUAGAUUAGAUAGGGCCUUGGAAAGAGAAAGUAACCAAAGUUUUGGCUCUGGCAACAACCAGUAUGGGGGGUGGAGCAGGAAUGUAAAUAGAGAUUAUUAUGGGAGGAGAAACUUUGAAAAUUCUGGAAAUAAUGCUCCAAAUAGGGGAGAUAUGAGAUACGAAAAUGAUUUCAGAAACAAUACACAGGAGGGAGGAUGGAGGAGAGAUAACAGGAAUGAUAGAAAUAGGUAUUGGGGAAGAGAACAAGAGAGAAGGGGGUUUGUUGAAACUAGUGAACAAAACGACAACUACAAACGGACAGACCGAGGAAACCAGCCGGGAAACGGUGGACAGUCCCACUAG